CUCCACGUCCAGUUUAAUACUAUUAUCUCCAUUUUUACAGAGGCUGUGGUACAAUUGUCGGAUUAUUUAAAACCCUGCAAACCUUUCUCAAGGCUUCGCUGACAGCUACUGCGGAUAUAAACAUGUCGGGGAUGAAUAGUGAUCAGCUGUAUCGCUCCACCAUGGGGAUUUACUCGAGCUUGAUGGACGACUUCAACCCAAGCCUACAGAAACUGGUCUCACUGGGAAACAGCUACGUCCAAGCUUUCCAGGAUCUGGCAGUAACCAGUGAGGCCUACUUCAGUGCACUUUCAAAGAUUGGGGAGAGGGCUUUCCACACCAUAUCCUCACGCUCCCUAGGGGAUGUCCUGAUUCAGAUCUCUGAGAGCCAAAGAAGACUCACUGUGGAGUUGGAUGGAGUAUUCCGCUGGUUCACUAUGGAGGUUCUUCAGGAGAUGGACAACAACAUUAGACAGGACAGAACUUAUAUAUCAGACAGCAAGAAGCAUUAUGAGAUGGAAGUGCACAACCAGGCAGUGUCUAUGGACCGACAGCUGAGGAGAGGAGCCAACCAGGAUUGCAGUGAGUAUGUGCAGUUCCUCAGGGAGAGCCACAGCGAGGCUUUAAAGGAGGAGGAGAGGCGAUACCGCUUCCUGUCGGAGAAACACUGCGGCCUGAUCCAAUCCAUCGCACACCUCAUGAAUAAGACAGGAGGGUCUCUCCAGCAGAGGGCUGAUGCCUGGACGGAGGAGGUGGGGGCCACCAGAGGACCAGAGGCCAGACGCCCUACUUCUGUGGAAAACUUGAUGUCGAUGAAAGAGGACAUGAGGAAGAGCAGAGAGGAGCUUCCCCUCGGCAAAAUACCAUCAAGGGCUCCGUCUCCCGUGGGAAGCGUGUCUCGCUCUACAGGAGGAAGGUCCACGAGGGCCCGGGUGGCCCACCAGCCCAGCGGCUCCAACCCCACCCUGCUGCCCUUCAGCAGGGGCGAGACGAUCUCUGUGCUGGUCCAACAGCCCAGGAACGGCUGGCUGUACGGAUGCGCUGACAGCAGCUCACGUCAGGGAUGGUUUCCAGCCUCCUAUGUGGAGCAGGUGGACGAUCCUCCAACAGCACCCAGCUCUGGACACUCAUCUCUCCGAAGCAGUAACGCCAUGAGUAACCUGCUCGACCAAUCGGGAGGCAGCAGCUACAGCGGAGCCCCGCCCCCUCCACCUCCACCUCCUUCAUCGUCCAGUAAUCAGUACGAGAUGCGGCCAAUCACACCGACUCCUGACAAAAGGGCUGAGUCUAAUUCAGAAAAAAAGAGAAAACCACAUGCAUCACAACCAGAACUUUUCCCGAGGGGUACCAACCCAUUUGCCACCAUUAAGCUGAAGGCCACGUCAACCGAUGACAGAUCGGCCCCUCGUGUACACCGACGAUGACAUCUUUACCCCAAACAAGCGCUUUCGAGGGGUUUAAGAGUUUACUUUUACCGUUAAAAAAUAGCUAAGCAUAUACGGUCGAAAGUGACUGAGUAAAUCUUGAGGUGAGGCUGUUCAUCAUUUCAUACCUUGCCCAUAAAACACUUUGUUUGCUGAAGAAAGAGGGCGAAAAAGUAUAAAUAUUUUAUCAUUCUUGUGUUCGCACAAAGAGUGUAGAUUUUAAAAAGCGUUUGAAGGACCACUUUUCUAACCUUUUAUAAAAGCUUUUAACUUUGAAAUGCCUUUAAAAUUGUGAAUAAAUCAUGUAUUGACAAUCUUUUUAAGUGAUUAGUCAGUUUUUCUGGGAAAACCUGUUGUUUGAUCCUUUCUAAUUGGGAUUAAUACAGUUUGGAAAGUUGGUUAUUUAAGCAAUAGCUCACAACUUUGUUAGUUAGUUAGUUUCGUAACGGAUGUAAUGUAACAGUUGUAACGGUUGUAGCUUUUCUCACACGGAGGGAAACUGAGUUGUUGUGAAAAGUAACUACAAUUCUACCCGUGAUAUACGCUCAUUAUAUCACGGCUAAGAACCAAUCAGAUUGCUUGAUUUGACUGUCUGUUUCAUAACUAUUGAUAAACACUCGUAGGUUUCUCACUUUUCUACAGAGCUCAUACUGUAUGGUCCAAAGUGAGUAAGUGGACCUUGAGUAGAGUCAGUUUUUCCCUACUUUGCUAUACAACAAUGUUUGCUAUAAAAAGUAUAAAUAAUGUAUAAUUAUUGGGUUUGAGCUGUAGAGAUACAUGUAUAUUUUUAAAUCUUGGUAAACCAACAAACUACAUGUUUUUUAUGCUUUAAUGGUUAUAUCCUUGUUGUUUUCAUCAUUCGUUGGCUCUGGUUUUACUUACACUUUUGUAAUAAUUAGGGUCUGAACAUUAGGUCUUAUGACCCUAUUGGAAUCACAUUAUUUGUUAUCAUUAUAAUUGACCAAAUGGAUUGCAAAUUUGAGGGCAUAAACAUGUGGAAAUAUAUAUUUAUUUUUUGCAGAAAAUUCAAACCUGGUGGAAAUGUACGUAGAAUUGGGUUUUCGUGAAUGGCCGUGCAACAGCGCCACCAUUAUUAUCAAAUAUCCUACAUGUACUUCAUAAAGAAUCUCUGUGAUACAAAUGUGUUAAUGUAAUAUACAUUCAUAUGUACAUAUAUCUUCUUAUCAUUUCUUCUUUGGUGUACUGUAAUUCGGACAGGAGAUGACAUGUGAAUGACUUUCAUAUCGAAAUAAAUAUCUUGUGUAAAGUUGAGAUGAGAUAAAUAUCAUUUAUAUCUAAAGGAUUGAUGCAUGAUAAAUAUUAUUUUUAUGUUUUUACUGCUAUUAUAUUGCAUUUCCACGCCUUUUCUCUACAUGUUCCACCAAAUGACAUCCAUUCAUACAUAUUCAUUGAAACGUUAAUUUACUUUGUGAAAUGAAAAUGUAACCUCUGGCAGA